AUGGGUUGGUUCAGUGACGACUCUCAGCAGGCUGAUUACGCCAACCAGUACAACAGCUCCGAGCCCCGCGAGCACGAGGCUAGCUGGUCUCACGAGCUGAUUGCCGGUGCUGCCAGCUACGAGGCUGCCAAGGCCUACGAGAACCACUGCGCCGAGAACGGCCAGCCCGCAAGCCACGCUGAGGCCAAGGAGAUCAUGGCCGGUUUAGCCGGUGCUUUCAUCGACCGUGAGGUUGAGACCAAGGGUCUGGACUUCAUUGACCGCGAGAAGGCCAAGCACCGCGCUCGUGAGCACAUCGAGGAGGUCGACGAGAGCCAGUUCAACUACUAA